AUGAAUUUUGAACAGCCACCUCCGUACAGUGGCCCCACCGCUCCGGGUUAUCCACCCCAGGGCCCACCUCCACCUCAAGGGUACCCUGCACAGGGAUACCCCCCUGAGGGUUACCCACCUCAGGGUUACCCACCUCAGGGUUACCCCCCACAAGGGUACCCAGGGAAUCCCGGGGGCCCGUACCCAGGCCCAGAUCAGCCCUACCCGGGACAGCCCCAGUACUGGCAAGGGGGACCGCCACCAGGGCCAAUGUACGGGGAAGCUCCAAAAAACACAGUGUACGUGGUGGAGGAUCGCAGGCGGGACGAUUCGGACACGUGCCUGACAGCUUGUUGGACCGCGCUGUGCUGCUGCUGCCUUUGGGAUAUGCUGACAUAA